AUGGGCGAUAAUAUAGUGUUUUAGAACUCCAAAUAUAUUACAACAGAAUACUCCAUAAAAUGGGACUAAUCAAAUAAUAUUUUGUUCCUAUUAUAAAAAAUAGUCGUAUCUCUUUUAGAAAGAUAUUACCACGAAAGCUAAAUUCAUAAUAGAUUGUUCGUCUACAAGCUUUUCGCAAUUAUCUUGCUUUCCCUCUGCCUUAUUAUCGGCACACAUUGUCGGAAUAGCUAAGUAACUUGCUUGAAAAUCUUAUUUAUAUCCGACUGGUUUUUGCAUCAAAUAAAUCACCUAUUCAGUUAUAUACUAGCUUCAUACUUCGGGUAAUUUUGCAAUUGUCAAUUGGUUUUUCUUUAUCUUUAUCUUCGGCAUUAGUUUUUUUUUCUACAUUUACUAUAUGGUGCCCCCUACCUUCUUCACUUUCUCAUUUUUUUAUUUUUAUUGUUUAACAUUCCGCUGUAUAUAGAAACGGCAGAUAAAGUCUCGAAAUUUCGAAUAAUAGAGAAUUAUAUUUCUUUGUAAUGAAAAUAGUUUUAAACUAAGACACGUGAUACGUUGUCAAGACUACAUCGUAAACAAGGCCUUCACCUUAGAAAACAGGCAUCUCGGCAAUAUUUCAAUUUAAUAUUCAGCUAGAUAUGGAUGUUAAAGAAGGUUUAAUUAUCGAAGAUAUAACCGAGAAUACGGAUGGUAAUAAAAUGGAAGUUCUGAAAGAAAUUCAGAGUAAAAAUAUUGAAGAUUCAACUGAAAAGAAGAUUGAACACGAUUCAGAGAAAGAGAAUGUCGAAAAGAAUUCCUUAGAGAAAAUACGAGAACAAAAAGAAAAUUCUGGACUUCCUCGAUUGACAAAAGAAGUACUUAAGAAGCAUUGUAAAGACAAGAAAUUAUAUAUAACACCAUAUUUGAAUGAUACGUUGUAUCUUCAUUACAUGGGUAUUGGAAAAAUUGAAAAUCUGGAAGAAUACACUGGUCUAAGAUCUUUAUGGUUAGAAUCAAAUGGCAUAAAAAGAAUAGAGAAUCUUGAUAAACAAACAGAACUAAGAUGUUUAUUCCUACAUCAGAAUCUUAUUUCUAAAAUUGAAAAUGUAGAUCAUCUAAUACAUUUGGAUACUUUAAAUCUCAGUAAUAAUUUCAUUAAAAAAAUAGAGAAUUUAAGAAAUCUACCAGCUUUAAAAACUUUAAAUAUAACUCAUAACAAUAUCCAAACUGCUGAGGAUAUUGAAGAGCUUAUGCAUUGCGAACAAUUAUCAUGUAUUGAUAUGGCUCAUAAUAAAAUUGACGAUCCUGAAAUCGUGAACGUCUUUGGAAGUAUGAAAUCAUUGAGAGUACUGAUUCUUAGAGGUAAUCCAGUUUUAAGAGAUAUAUCCAAUUGUCGUAAAACGUUAAUUUUGAAAAUCGCUGAUCUUCAACACUUGGAUGAUAGGCCAGUUUUUCCAAAGGAAAGAGCUUGCACAGAAGCUUGGGCUGCUGGUGGAAGAGAAGCUGAAAAAGCUGAGAGAGAAAGGUGGAAUCAAGAGGAGAGGGAUCGUAUUAUGAGGAGUGUAAAUGCGUUGAGACCUAGAAAUUGGGAUAAAGACGAAACUUCGAAUAUCGAUACUGAAACUGAUACUCAAGCAGAAGAACAACAAGAAGAGUCUACUAAACUACAAAUAAUAGACGUUACGGAAACUGAAGAACCUGUUGAGAAAAAAGAAACCAAUUCUGUUGCCAAAUCUGCAGCGGUGGAUAGUAAGAAGGUCUUUGAUAUCCUCAAGAAGGAGAACAAAGUCCAGGAAGAGAAAGAAGUGGAUAUUCCAUUUAUUACUACACAGAAAUCGAAACAGACUAAUAGUAUAUUCUCGACUGAAGUACCUGAAAGUGAUUCAUCUGAUAAUUUCCUCAUGAAAGAAUCGAAUGAUAUCUCAGGGGAUAGGCUCUUUUAUAAACGUGACACAACUAAGAAAACGCAAGGAAUUCUUAUUGAAGAUAUCACCAAUGACGAUGACUGCCCUCCUUUAGAGACUGUUACCUUUGAUGAAGAACUCAACAAUGGAAAUCUACAAUUCGUACCACCAAAUCCAGUUCAUGUAGAAAGUGAUGGAAUUAGGUCAUACGUUGAUCAGAGCGUUGAUGAAAAAAUCCUUAAUGAUAGUACGCAAUAUUCUCGUCAAAAUGCUAAAACCAGAGAAAUAAGGGAAAUGGAAAAGGAAUCGGCGAAUUUGACCAAAGAAGACAAAAUUCGUCAAUUGGCGGAGAGAGGCGGUUCAACAAACUCAAAGAAAUAGAAAAAUGAGUAAAAUUGAUAAAGGAAUAAAAAGGAAUAAUUAACUUGUGAACCAAUUUCUUAAUAGUUUAUUUAAUUAAUUAAUAAUGUAAAUAUUAGUAUAAUAAACUUAUUUUUUGUCAUAAAUUUUAAUAAAUGA